AUGGCUUCUCCGGCGUACUCUCCGUGGUCACCUGCUAUAUCGCUGCUCGCGAUCUCGGUGCUCCUCCACUCAGCAACAGCGCCACCGCCGGAGCUGGUGCCGCCCUCAACUCCUCCGACGUCAGACUGCGUCAACGACUUGGUGAUGUUCUCACCGUGCCUUUCCUUCGUUUCGUCUCCGCCGAACAACCUCUCCGGCGAGGUCCCGUCCAAGUGCUGCGACGCGUUCUCGACGACGUUGAACUCCGCCAGCGGCUUCUGCCUCUGUUUCCUUCUCCGUCAGCCUCGGAUGUUAGGGUUUCCGCUGGACGAGAGCAAAGUUCUCUCUCUGCCUUCCCUUUGCCCCCAGAGGAAUCCAUCCCUGCAGGCGCUUUGCUCUGGGAAUGAUGCUGAAGCAAUAUCUCCCGAUUCAGAUAUUUCAAACCCUCCUGAUUCUGCUCCUAGUAGCCAACCAUCCCCUUUAAUGGGUUUGCCACCAGAAUCUAAUAACUCAACCCCACCACCAAGCUCGCCACCAGAUUCGAAGAACUCUAGCACGAAAUCAAGCCCGCCGCGACAACUUGCCAAGAGACCGCCAACACAACCGAGGUCACCUGCAGUCGAUCCCAUUUCCGCAUUUCCGUCAGCAGCUAAUCAAUUAAAGAGCAGUAGAUUUUGGGUUCCAUACAAGCAUUCUGGUUUCCCCUUUUCUUAUCUUUACUUGUCUUGCCUAGUUGAUUGGGAGUUAUACUCUUCUUUUUGUACACAACAAUUACAGACAAUGUUGCCUAUCAUUGCCAUGUAUUGUUUGGAUCAAGCAAAUUAA